AUGAUGCCUUCUUCGUAUAUUUCACCGUUAAUCUCGCCAAAUUACACCUCACCAUCACCAAAUAUAUCACCCGUGUCUCUUUCGUCAUAUGAUUCACCUGAUUCUAUAGUUCCCAAUGGUGGUGCACUUAACGAUAAUAAUAAUAAUAGCAAUAACCAUAUUAAAAAUAAAAAUAUCAAUAAUAUAAGUAAUAAUAUUAAUAACAGUAAUAAUAAUAUCAAUAAUAUUAAUAAUAAUAAUAAUAAUAAUAACACCAACACCAAUAAUAAUAAUAAUAAUAAUAUCAACUCAUCUCAAAACUCUGUGGGCAGUAUUCCAAGUCAAAAUAUUUAUACAAAUAGUAUCUACUAUAAAGAAUUUAUAAAAUCACUUGGCUUAAGUAGCCAAGAUUUAAGUGAUAGUCAAGAAAUAUAUAGUAGCCAAGAGAUAUCCAAUAGUCAAGAUAUAAGUAAUAGUCAAGAUAUAAGUAAUAGUCAGGAAAUAACUAAUAGUCAGGAUAUAAAUAAUAGUCAAUUAAAUUCUAAUAGUAAUAGUAAUAAUAAUAAUAAUAAUAAUAAUAAUAAUAAUAAUAAUAAUAAUAAUAAUAAUAAUAAUAAUAAUAAUAAUAAUAAUAUAAAUAAUAGUAAUAGUAAUAAUAAUAAUAGUAUUCAUAUCAAUAAUAAUAGUAGUAAUAAUCAUAAUAAUAGUAGUAAUAAUCAUAAUAAUCAUAAUAAUUACAUUAAUAGUCAAACAAAAUAUAGUAGUCAAGAUAUUAUUAGUAGCCAAGAAUCAAAUAGGAGUAUAAAAUAUAGAGAUAUUAAUAUUACUCAUUUAGAUACAAAUAAUAAUAUUUCUAUUUCACAAACUGAUUCACAUAUACAUUUUAUAAUUGGUAAAGCUAUAUCAACCCCAUCGACGCCUUCAAGUGGUCAUUAUAGUUCAAAUAGUUUAUUCACUACUCCUUUAUCAUCACCUUCAAAGCUUUAUGCCUUUAAAUCUCCUGUACAUACUACUAAUUCUUACAAUAACAAUAACAAUAACAAUAAUUAUAAUAAUAAUAAUAAUAAUAAUAAUAAUAGUAAUAUUAAUAACAACAACAACAGCAACAAUAAUAAUAAUAAUAAUAAUAAUAACAACAAUAAUAUAUCAAAACCAAACUUUUAUCAAGACACAAGCACACAAACUGAACUCGAAUCUGUAAAUAAUAAUACAACUAAUAAUAAUAAUAAUAAUAAUAAUAAUAAUAAUAAUAAUAAUAAUAAUAAUAAUAAUAAUAAUAGUGAUGAUGAUGGUAUAAAAACAAGUGAUGUAAAUAAUAAUAAUAAUAAUAAUAAUGGCAAUAGUUGUGGACGUAAAAGAAAACUAUUUGAAAGUGAAACAGAAAGACAAUCAUCAUUUCAUGAAAAUGAUAAUGCUCACCAACCAAAGAAAAAUAUAGUUAAAAAGGAUAAUAAUAUUCAAUUUCGACAUUUAAAUAGAAAAACUAUGGCAGUGAUUAAUUAUGAAUCAAAAAAUUUAACGAUAAAUAAUUCGGGAGAAGCUUUAGUUUAUUUAAAUGGAGCACUCUUAAAAAAAGAAACUAAAUUGGUUCAUAUGGAUCAUAUUAAUUUGUACAGUCAAACAUAUAUUUUUAAAGAUAGAAAAUUUACAGAUAAAAGCGGGAAGAUUCUCUCUGAACCUAUCCUCGAGGAUGACGAAUUAGAGAUAGAUGAUGAUAUUGAUGAUGAUAUUGAUAAUGAUGCAGAGACAAAGAAAAAGAUAGAAAAAGAAAAAGAGAAAGAAAUACUGAUAGAAAGAGAAAGAAAAAGAAAAAGAGAAAAGGAAAUAGAAGCAGAAAUUGAAAGAGAAAGGGAGGAACAAAUUGAAAGAGAAAAACAAAUUGAAAGAGAAAAACAAAUUGAAAGAGAAAUACAAAAAGAAAUACAAAGAGAAGUACAAAGAGAAAUACAAAGAGAAAAAGAAAUACAAAGAGAAAAAGAAAUACAAAGAGAAAGGGAAAUAGAAAGAGAAAGAGAAAUACAGAGAGAAAUACAGAGAGAAAUAGAAAAAGAAAGAGAAAGACAAAGAGAAUUAGAAAGAGAAAGAGAAAGAGAAAGAGAAAAAGAAAAAGAAAAAGAAAGAGAAAUAGAAAGAGAAAAACAAAGACAGAGAGAAAUAGAAAUAGAAAAAGAAAGAGAAGAAAAAGAAGCUAGAAAGAGUAUUUUAAAAUCACCAAAGAAAAUUAAUAUUACCCCUGUAAAAUCAUCACCAUCUGUAAUUUCUAAACCAACACCAAUGAGAACGAGAAGAUCAUAUAUGACAGAUUCACCAAUUGAAAAUCAAUCACCUCGUGUCACUAAAACGCCUCUAUCACUGCCAACUCCUAUAUCACCAAAAAUGCAAACAAAAACAAUUACAAAAACAACUAAAACAACCAAAAAAUCGUUAACAACAACAACAACAACCACCACCACAACUACAUUAUCAUCACCAUAUAAACCACCACCACCAACACCAACACAUUCAAAACCAGAUAUCGAUACAUCACCACCAGUUAAACAAACAAAUUACAAAACUCAAUCAAAACCAUUGGCCCAACCAACUCAAAAGUCAAUGUUCCUAUCACCCCGAAAAUCAACAACAACAAAAACAACAACAACAACGACAACACCAUCAUCACCGCCACCAAAAAAUCAAUUGGUUCAAUCACCUAGACAAUCAACAACAACAACAAAAACAACAACAACAACACCAAAAACUUUACCAAAAUCACCAACUUUAAAAGUAGAUCCAAUACCAUUGGUUCAAUCAGUUCGACGAAGACAAUCAGUACCAAAAACACCUUUAACAAAACUAUCAUUAAAAGUUUUGGCUCAAUCAACUCCAAAAUUAUUGGUUCAAUCAACUCCUGUUGGUUCUAAAACUCCAACUCCAACAAAAACCUUUUUGAUUCAAUCAAUUCCAAAACUAUUGAUUCAAUCACCUUCAGAUUUAUUGAAUGACUCUGAAUCAAUGAUUGAAUCCGAUUGUGAAUCAAUUUCAGGGCCAAUGAUUGAAUCUGAUUGUGAAUCAAUUUCAGAGCCAUUGACUCAAUCUAACAUUCAAUCAAUUCCACCAUUGAUGGUUGAUAAUUCACGAGCGCUAUCUAUCCCAUCAAUACAUGGAAAAGCAUUUGUUUUAUCUGACCCUAUUAAAGGAAAAUCUGUUUUAAGAGAUUUUAUAAUAGCAAAUAAUGGAUUUAUUGUGGAUAGUUUAAACUUUAGUUUUAGAGGAUGUUAUGUUGUAUCUGAUGAUCAUCCAUUUUUCCCACGUGAAUUAAGUCGAAUCAAUUAUAAAAAGAAAUUCACUAUUAUUUCUGAAAAUUCUGUUUAUAAAGGUCAAUUGUUACCAAUGAGUUUUUCCAAGAUUUUUACAAAAAAGAAUUUUUCAAUAUUCCCAAGUUUUGAAGAUCUUUCAUUGAAAGAUAUAGAAGAACUUGAAAAUAAUCAAUUCAUUAACGAUACUAUAGGUCACUCAAUUAAAGCUGUUGAUUUUUGGAAAGAUACCAAAGCAGAUAUUGAAAGUGCUGGUGGUUCAUUUAAAAACUAUAAAGAAAUGAGAGGACGAGAAGGAGCUCACUAUUGUUUGUGUUUGAUAAGACCACAACACGAACUUAGUGACAGAAUUCAAAAAUUAGUUACAUUGGAAUGGUUCUUUGAUUGCAUAAAGGAUAACAAGCUUAUGGAUCCUGAUACCAUACCAGAGUAUACUAUUAAAACAUAA